CCCGGCCCCGUUGCCGCCAUGUCGGCGCUGUGCGACCCCCCCGGUACCGGCAGCCCCCCCCGGCCCCCGCUCAGCGCUCAGGAGCUGUCCCAGGAGAUCAAAGCCUUCCUGAGCGGCCUGGACCCCGUCCAGGGCACCCCCCUGUCCCCCCCAGCCCACGCCCGCUGCGCCCUGCGCCUGCUGCGCUGCCUCCCCCCCGCCCGCCACGCCGCCCUGCAGCACCUGCGCAGCCUCUUCGACGAGCAGGUCUGCUCCCACCUCCUGCAGCGCGACUCCUCCGCUCCUCCUCCUCCUCCUCCUCCUCCUCUUCCUCCUCCUCUUCCUCCUCCUCCUCCUCCCAAACCCUGCCCGGGCGCCGAGGUGCUGCAGGAGGUUCGUCGCUCUCUCACCGAGCUGGUGGCCGCCAACCCUCGUGCGUGGGCUCCCGGCGUGGCGGCGUGGGCCAGCGAGCUGAUGGGGCAGCUGAGCAGCAAAUACGCCGGGAGGCCCGGGGUGCCUCCGGCCAGCAGCCUCAACGAGCUGCUGCAGCUCUGGAUGUCCUGCCCGGCCACCAGAGCGCUGCUGGACAUCUACAGCCAGUGCCUGGCCGCCAUGGUGGGCAGCUGCCCCGACGCCUGCGUGGACGCGCUGCUGGACACCUCGGUGCAGCACUCGCCGCAUUUCGACUGGGUGGUGGCUCACGUGGGCUCCUCUUUCCCCGGCACCAUCAUCAGCCGCGUGCUCUCCUGCGGUCUCAAGGAUUUCUGCGCUCACGGCGGCGGCGGUGCCGGCGGCGAAGCGGCGGCGCCGGGCACGGCGGGCGAUAAACGGGUGCCCAAAAUCGCCUCGGUGGUUGGGAUCCUGGGUCACCUGGCGUCUCGGCACGCCGGCAGCAUCAAGCAGGAGCUGCUGAGGAUGUUCCACGAGAGCCUGGGCUCGUCCCGCGAGCACCACAAAGCCACGGUGCCCUUCCUGCUGCAGCUGGCGCUGAUGUCGCCGGCGCUGCUGGCCACGGUGUCGCCGGAGCUGGUGGACUCGCUGAAGCCGCCGGUGCUCAACCAGCUGCACCAGCACUUCUCCUCCGUGCCCAGGGAGGAGCUGGAGGGCGUGGUGGGCGUGGUGGUUCACCUGCUGUGCCACACCUCUGCCGGGGCGCUGCGCACCCUGCGCUUCCUGCUGGCCACGGCCGCGCCCGCCUCCGUCAUCACCGCGCCGGGGCCGGCGCUGCACGAGGGCGUCCGCGAGGCCUGCGAGCGCCUGCUGCAGCUGCUGCUGCUGCACCUGCAGAAACUGGUGCACGGCCGCGGUUCCGGCAGCCUGGCCGAGUGCCCGGCGCGGCCGGUGCCGUUCCUGGACGCGCUGCGGCCGCACGUGCGGGAGCUGUGCCUGGACGCGCUGCGGCUGGAGCGCAAGCGCUGCCUGUGGCAGCACCAGCUGCUGGCGCUGCUGGCGGUGCAUUCGGCGCCGCACGGCGCGGCCGAGGCGCUUUUCUUCCUGCUGGCGCUGGCCAGGACGCCGGAGGAGCUGGCGCUGGCGCCGCAGCUGCACGCGGGGCUGCGCGCCGUGCUGCCCGACCCGCUGCCCGCCGCCGUGGCCGCCGCCGUGGCGCAGAUCCACGCCGGCCGCCUGCCCGAGCCGCAGCUGGCGCAGCUCCUGCGCAACCUGGCCCUGCUGCUGCAGCAGCAGCAGCAGCAGCAGCAGCACGACGGCGGCGUCGGCGACGGCGGCGAGGCCGGGGAGCCGGCGUUGGGCGCGGCGUUGGCGCGGCACCUGCCGGAUCUGGCGCAGCUGCUGCUGCACCCGCGUGCCGAGGUGGCCGAGGCGGCGUGCCGGCUGCUGGCCGCUUGCCCGCUGCCGCGAGCGCUGCCGCCGGCGCAUCUCCUGCCGGCCGUGCGCGCCGCCGUGCGCCGCUUCUUCGCGGGGCUGUGGCUGGGCGACGCCGCCGCGCUGGCCCCCGGCGUGCGGCUGCUGGCCCGGCUCAGCGCCGUCAGCCCCGCGGCCGCCAAGGCCGUGCUGGCCCAGCUGGUGGAAGGAGCUCUGGGCGGCCGCAACGCCGAGCUCUUCGGCGGCACCGCCGAGCCGCCGGGCCACGAGGCGGCCGCGCCGGUGCCGCCGGCCGUGUCGCUGCUGGACACCAACCGGCGCUUCACCGCCGGCCUCAACACCUCCGGCGGCGUCUGGUCCGUGUUCCACGCCGGCGUCAUCGGCCGCGGGCCCAAACCGGCGGCCGGCGGCGGCCAACGCGGCCCCGAGGAGCUGAGCCGCAACACCCAAACCUUCCUGAGCCUGGUGCUGCGCUGCUGCCGCGGCACCGGCCCCGCCGUGGGCGCCGAGGCCGCCAAAGCCGUGGCCGCCGCGUUGGUGGAGGCCGUUUGCCCCGAAGCCGCCGGCGCCGAGCUGGCCUGGCCACCGGAAGAGCUGGCCCGGGCCACCGUGGAGCGCGACCUUCGCAUCCUGCGGCGAUUCCGCCAGCACCCCCUCCUCUUCCCGCUGCUGCGGCUGGUAGCCGGCGGCCACCCCGCUCUGUGCUACUGCUCCGUGCUCCUCAGGGGGCUGCUGGCCAGCUUGGUGGCCCACUGGGACGCUUGCCGGGCCAGCAGCACGGUGGCCUCGCCCUGGCACCUGCGGGCGUCGUGCGCUCUGGUGGCGCUGCUGGCCGAGGGCUCGUUGUUGCCGCCGGUUUUGGGGAACAUGCACGAGCUGUUCCCGGAGUUGGCUCCUUUCGAGGUUCACCUGUUGCUGCUCAGCGUUUGGGGCUACCUGAGAGAGAACAGCCCCUUGCCACAGAAAUUCACCUUCCAGCCCGAGCUGGGCGUGUUCCGCAGGGAUUUCGGGAGGGAUGGGGAUGUGGGGAAGCACCUGGCGGUGCUGCACAGCGUCCUGCACAGGAAUAUCCACAGGUUGGGGCUGUUGGCGGGGAGGUUUUAUCCCUGAGAGGGAU